AUGAGCGAUAAUCUUGACCAAGUUGAACCCGCCUCAAACCCUCCAGAUUGGAUGAAUAACAUUAUGCGGGGUAUCUAUGAAAGAUUCCCUGAUGAAAAAAACUUCGAGGUGGUCCGUAUAAAAAAUAUUACUGAUGAAUCCAACGCUUAUCGAAUUAAAUGUAACGACUGUAUAAGGCUUUUCAUUAUACGGAAAGGCCAAGUAAACUUUGCUAAUCAUUUAACAACAAACAUUCACACUAAAAAUAAAAAUUCACGUUCUAAACACAAGGCCCAGGAGGCCAUAAGUAAUGUUUUCGAACAAAAUUCUCUUGUGGCUGAAACAGACAAGGAGAAUAGUUUAAACGCAAAUCGUAAACGACUACGUUCACCUCUCAUGAAACCAGAAACACGGGAAACCAUAGAGUAUAAAACUUAUAUUAUCGAAUUUCCUGAAUUUCUUAAAUUUCUUGAAUUAUCUAUUAAGUCCAUUUCUUUCUAA